UCCUUCAGUGGUCUAAUGACUAAGGAGCUUCAGUGCUCCAUAUGUCUGGAUGUGUUCACUGAUCCAGUCACUGCUCCAUGUGGACACAACUACUGCAAGACCUGUCUGAAUAAGUACUGGGACAAAAGCCAGACCUGCAACUGUCCAUACUGUAAAGAAACAUUCAACCAAAGACCUGAUCUCAAGAUUAAUAUCACACUCCGAGAGCUCAUAGAGCACUAUAAACUCAAAAGUACACAGAAAGACGUGCAGCAGAUGAUUCAGGACAGAAUCAAGAAGAUUCAAGACAUCAAACACUCAGCAGAAGUCAGAAAAAGAAACACAGAAGAGGAGAAAGCAGCCCGUGCUGAACUCUUCACUGAUCUCAUCCGCUCCAUUGAGAGAUGUCAGACUGAAGUGAUGGAGAUGAUUGAGGAGCGGCAGAAAACAGCAGAGAAACAGGAACAAGAGCUGAUUGAAGAGCUGGAGCAGGAGAUCACUGAGCUAAAGAUGAGAAACACUGAGCUGGAGCAGCUCUCACACACUGAAGAUCACCUCCUUCUCUUACAGAGUUACUCUUCCCUGUGCAGCCUUACAGACACCAGGAGCUGCUCUGAGAUCAGUGUGAAGACUCAGGAGAGUCGGGAGACUCUGAGCAGAGCUCUGACUCAACUUCAGGACACUCUAAACAGCAAACUCAUUCAAACUAAGCUGAGAUGGAUGCAGCAGUAUGCAGUGGAUGUGACUCUGGAUCCUGAUACAGCUCAUCCAGACCUCAUCCUGUCUGAUGAUGGAAAACAAGUGAGACAUGGAGACAUUAGACAGAAACUCCCAGACAUCCCAAAGAGAUUUGAUUUCCUUGUAAGUGUCCUGGGAAAGGUGGGAUUCUCCUCAGGGAGAUUUUAUUUCGAGGUGCAGGUGAAGGGAAAGACUAAAUGGAAUUUAGGAGUAGUCAGAGAAUCUAUUAACAAGAAAGGAGAUAUCCAGCUGAAUCCCAGUAAUGGAUACUGGACCGUGGUUCUGAGGAAUGGGAAUGAAUAUUGGGCCUAUGGUCACACUACAGUUUCUCUAUCUCUGAGAGUGAAGCCGCAGCGGGUCGGUGUGUUUGUGGAUUAUGAAGAGGGUCUGGUCUCCUUUUAUGAUGUGGAUUCCAGCUCUCAUAUCUACUCUUUCACUGGCCAAUGUUUCGCUGACAAACUCUAUCCAUUUUUUUGCCCAUGCUUUAAUGAUGGAGGUAAAAAUUCAAUCCCACUGAUUAUCACACCUGUCAAUUACAAUAAAUGAGUUGUAUCCCCUUAAUAUGUUUUAGAAACACUAUCAUCCCAAACC